CCCAAGGGAAAUUAAAAUCAAAUAUGCUUCCUUUGUCGCAAAACCAUGAGUAAGACGAACGCCGGUAACUCUGUUAGCAAGAUUACACGUGCAUUGUUCGGUCUAAAUCAUAAAAUUUAAAUAUAAACGAAAGUUUGUCUUUUCUCUUUACCACUAAAUGUAAACUUGGUAUUCACAGUGAGUAACUUCGUGUAUAAAACUUGUAUAGAAUAGAUAAUUGUUCCAUAUGCAUAAGUUGAACGACAGACAAAAGAUCCGGUGCUUAAAAACGUAUCAUUACGGUCUGUUAUUGUGAUCGAGAGAGAUAAACACAUCAGUACGACGAGCCUCUCUCUCGAGAUGAACCUUAAAGAAAUUACAGUCUUUAGCGUAUCUGUAUGGCGCUGGUAAACUCACGCUCGCCGACAAACUCCUGCUUUAAAGCCGUCGAACUCUUUGGACUGCCUCUUGGCCUUACAAGGUGGUGCCGAAUGGUGUUAUGCUCGGGUUUGUACCUUCGUUGGUGAGCUGCAGUCGACACGCCGUAGACGAUAGCCUUGAAUAAAUUCAUUUUGAGUGGUUGGAUCCCAAGAGCUUGCGAGCGGAUUAUUUCCUUUCGCAAUCUACUCCUGGCCGGAUCUUAACACAGUUUAAACACUUUCAUUAAUUCCAAGCCCAUGUACACAUAAGCAACUAAGAACAAGCUGGAGGCGAUCGAUUUUAAGUAGAAAAAUUGAUCAGAGUUUAUGAGUAAGGAUCAAGGAAUGGAUUUCGACGAGUCAGCUCGUGAAUUGUCCUUCACAAAGCAGCUCAGCCUUAUCUCGUUUGAUAAUAACAGCGGCCGGGAGGGAUUUUCCGAUUGCGAGGAAUUUAACAAAGACAAACUUUGCAAAAAACGAUGCGAUUCAACGGGUUCUUUGAAUAGCAACCCUGAUCAGCUGACAUUUAAUCAAAAAACAAUAAGGGAUACGAGUUGUGAUGCAACGAGUACUCAUGACACCUCAAGUAAUCGAAAGCAAUCGUUACCAUCGCCUGGGAACAUUGACAGCAAGCGACAUGCAUUGCAGAAAGUACCGAGCAUCACAGUGUGUGACGAUACCGAAAAUCGUGCGGGUGUGGAAUCAAAAAAAAAUUCAUUGUUCGAUCCAAGGUUCCUAAUGCCUACUGAGUCAAGUGUUGACGAAGCCAGAUAUCUGCUAGCAUCCAGACGAGGCUCUUCACCAUCCGCUUAUCAAUGCAUACGCAGUAGAAGCCUUGACAUGGUAGCAGAGGAACAGCCGUCUGAUUCCGCACAUGAGAGCAACACAAGUACGCCACCUGCCUCUCUUGGACUUCCUCGGUACCGAACUAGGUCACGCAGUCUUGACACCGCCCUUAAAAAAAGAAAUAAUUUCUCUGCUUUCAAAGAAUCUCUCAAGUUACGUGACGUGCAAAAAACAAGGCUUGGUACGUGAGAGAAGAUCUGUGGCCAGCAAAAUUGGAAAAUUUGCAGUAGACGUCGUCAGGCUUGAAUUGAGGGCAACCCAAAAGAAGUUACUGCAAGUUAUUAAGACCUCUGUUGCUCCUUCUGCGAUCUACUGCGAAUGUCUUGGUGGUCUAGUUUAUGUUAUGCAAUGGCCCGUACGCGAACGCAACAGAAUACGAUUUCCUGUUGGCUUGAUGGAAGCAUUUUCCCGACUUAAGAGGAAUUUAGAUUAAUUUUCGAAGACCUUUUUAUAAAUUUUGAAAAGCUGAUAGAAUAUGGAGUAAAUUUGUUUCACAGAGCAGAUUAUUUAAGUGCCCAAACAAAUUAAUAUGUUUGGCUUUUUGGGUGUUAUGAAUAAUUUAACAACUGAACAAUGGAAACUUACCGGUAAAGACGUUUUUUAACUAAUUAGCCCGUUUCAGUUCGUUACUUUUUUGUAACAAAAUUUCAGUAUACGUUUUGCAGGUUCAAGUUCAACUGGUUUUUUUGAAAAAAACAUAUUAAACAAUUCAACUCAGUUUGAAUGUUAACAUUUGAGAAACAA